CCCGGCUGCUGUCCCCGGGAGCAGAUCCCCCUUUCGGAGCGGAGGCCGACGUCGCGGGCCCACCUGACCCCGGCUGGCCCGAUCGGUGUGGUCCUGGCGUGAGCGCCGUCUCCAGCGGUCGCCGCAGAGCUGGGAGGCGGGGGGCGCGGGGCCGGGGGCGCUGCUGGGGUCGACAGGGCGCGACACCCGGCCCCUUCCACUUUGCUGGGACACCCUCCGCCAAGGAAUAAGGAGAGGCGCGGCCGUUCUCAUAAAACCGGUUUAUCCAGUCACCUCCCGGGGAGGAUGGGACCCGACACCCUUUCCACCUAGAGCCGGCCUGACUCCCGGCGACUUCUUGGGUUCCCUCUCCCGGGCGUCCUCCUCCCGCUCUGCAGAGCCAGACCGCUGAGACCCUCUGUAUCUCCAGCUUAGAGCUCUGGAGUUUUUUCUAGACUUUUUCUGUGUUUCCGAUCAUCACCACGAACCUCACAGAAGCAGUUAUGGGACACAAUGAAUGGAGUGAAUGCUGAUGGUCACGGCCCAGUUAACAGCCCGGAAUUUCUGACAACGAUGGCAAGAGAAAUGAAAGGCACAGUGAGGAGGAAAUUAGAGAGCAUUCCGUGUGUUUGAUAAAGAUGGAAACAGCUGUAUGAUUGCAGGGCUUCACCAUGUGAUGACAAACCUGGGAGAGAAGGCACUCUCGGGGAAAUGCCGGUCACUAGGCUGCUGCGGCAGGUUGCGGGCCAGAUGUUGGGGAGCCCAGCCUGUGGCUGCUGGACAGCUACCCCGCCGCUCCAGUUUCUGGGCACCUCCCCUCGGCAGAUUCCAGCAGACGCCAGCUUCCACUCUGCCUCUUUCUCUGGAACAGACCAGCCACGCGUCCUAAUUACAGGAGGUCUUGGCCAGCUUGGAGUGGGGCUUGCUAACCUUUUGAGGAAACGAUUUGGGAAGGACAAUGUGAUUUUGUCUGACAUAAGGAAACCCCCUGAUCACAUCUUCCAGAGUGGCCCGUUUAUUUAUUCCGACAUUCUGGAUUACAAAAAUCUUCGGGAGAUCGUGGUAAACAACCGCAUCACCUGGUUGUUUCAUUAUAGUGCUUUGCUCAGUGCGGUUGGGGAAGCAAACGUAUCCUUGGCCAGAGCCGUAAAUAUCACCGGAUUGCAUAACGUCCUGGAUGUCACAGCAGAGCACAACUUGCGAUUGUUUGUGCCUAGCACAAUCGGAGCUUUUGGACCUACUUCUCCCCGGAAUCCAACUCCCGAUCUCUGUGUUCAGAGGCCCAGGACGAUCUACGGGGUGUCCAAGGUCCACGCCGAGCUUAUGGGAGAAUAUUAUCAUCACCGGUACGGGUUAGAUUUCCGGUGCUUGAGAUAUCCUGGAAUCAUUUCGGCGGACUCCCAGCCUGGAGGAGGAACAACUGACUAUGCGGUCCAGAUCUUCCACGACGCCCUGAAGAAUGGCAAAUUUGAGUGCAACCUGAAACCCAGCACAAGGCUCCCAAUGAUGUAUAUUGAUGACUGCCUCAGGGCCACUCUGCAAGUCAUGGAGGCCCCAGCAGAGUCCCUCUCCAUGAGGACCUACAACAUCAAUGCCAUGAGCUUCACCCCUGAGGACCUGGCCCGGGAGGUUCUCAAGCACGUACCAGAAUUCCAGAUCACGUACAACGUGGAUUCUGUUCGACAGGCCAUAGCGGAUAGUUGGCCGAUGAACUUUGAUGACAGCAAUGCUCGGAAGGACUGGGGCUGGAAACACGACUUUGAUCUUCCAGAGUUGGUGACGACGAUGUUGAACUUCCACGGUUCUGAUACUAGGGUUGCCCAGGCUAACUGAGGGAAUCAGAAGGGAGAGCUCAUGUGUCCCGGACCGCUGUCAAGGGAAAACCUUAACGACCCUGAGGAACCUAAAUUAUCUGGAAUGGAAGGAUGAAUUGGAUGAGAUGUUGGGAGCUCAUAUUGAACUGCCAGGUUGGAGAAUCAUGUUGGCUUUUGCAUUUUCAAGAUGCUGUAGGUUUGGUGGUAGGACUUCUAAACCUUUGCUGUUUGCCUAAACUUGCCCAAACACACAUAUCACAGAAUGAAGACUUCAGUCAGAAUAGUUGCCAUUUCCUUAAUUCAGAUGAAUUGACUAUUUGGGGGAAGAUGGACGUAUGUGAUGUUUGUCAUGAAUUAAACUUAAUUUAAAUAUCA